CCGCCCUUCUUCCCCGGCCUCAGGGCGAUGGUUGGGGUGCGCUGGGCCUUUCCCUGCUCCGCCUGGCGACCCCGCCGCGACGAGUGGCUGCUGGCGGCGCGGCUGGUGCAGCCCGAGGAGAAGGAGCGCAUCGGCCGCUUUGUGUAUACACGAGAUGCCAAAGCCGCCCUGGCCGGUCGCCUGCUGAUGCGGAAAUUAAUUGCAGAAAAGCUGUGCAUACCUUGGAAUGAAAUACACUUGCAAAGGACAUCAAAAGGAAAACCUUACCUGGCAAACAAUGUAUUCACUGUAGGUUCAAAUUAUAACUUCAAUGUCUCUCAUCAAGGAGAUUAUGCAGUUCUUGCAGCCGAACCUGAGCUUCAAGUUGGCAUUGAUGUAAUGAAGACUAAUUUACCAGGUAGUAGUUCAAUUCCGAAUUUCUUUCAUAUCAUGAAGCGACAGUUUACUGAGAGAGAGUGGCAUGUAAUCAAGUCUAUGAAUAAUGAGUGGAUGCAGCUGGAUAUGUUUCAUCGACACUGGGCCCUAAAAGAAAGCUUCUUGAAGGCUAUUGGAGUUGGGAUUGGUUUUAACUUGCAAAGAAUUGAAUUUAAUGUGUCCCCAUUGCAAAUGGAAAUAGGGAAGGUGUAUAAUGAGACCCAGAUGCUGUUGGAUGGAGAAAAAGAAGAAGAGUGGACUUUUGAGGAAACACGGUUAGAUGACUAUCAUCACAUUGCAGUGGCUCUUGGGAAACCAGAAGGAUUUGGACAGCAACAUACUGAUGUGUGUUCCAUGCUGUCUCAUCGACCACAGUUUACAUUAUUGACCUUUGAAGAUUUAGUUGCACCUGGAAUUCCAAUUACACCUGAGGAUUCUGCAUACUGGGAUAACUUUUGUUCUAAGCAAGAGAGUCCAAUGAAACAGAGUUCAAAUUCAAGAUGAGAAUGCUUAGAAACAAAAGAUCGUAGGAAUACAUGCACAUGUGUAAAUAAGAAUUGUUUUCUCAUGUUUUAUAUAUUUCCCUUAUCAAACUUGACAUUUUCUGUCAGUAUUUAAGAAGAUAACAUGUUUCCUUGCUGAAGGAAUUCGAAGUGAAAAGUCUAAGCUGACCACGUGAAUUUUUGAUUCUUGAUUCUCUCAUGCUUUAGUAAUUACUGUUGCUGGUAACAGGAAGCAAAGCUACAAUAAUGUUGUCAAUCAGCAAGAGCUUAACACAUGGAGGUGUGUUUGUGUGUUUUAUGUUGGACUUAAAUUAUUAUUUAAUGUCAGCUUUUAUCUUAAAAAAAAAUCAUAGUUUUAUACUCCAGUGAAUAAAGCCAGAGAAAUGGGUAAAAAUGUUUUUGCUGCUAUUAUAUGGUGCAAGUAUUGUACAAGAUUUGAGGUUUAGUUGUGUAAAAGCAAGCUGAUGACAUCUGAGUUGUGCUCUUGGAACUAAAACUGUAAAAUUAUUUUGAGGCGGGAAUUUAACAUAAAAAUAUUCCAUAUCCUUUUCACUUAAAACCUUAAUUAAAACUUUUUCUAUCUAAUAGAAGUUUUGAUUUUCUUUUUACUUCCAUUUUGUUUUGUUUUGUUGUUUGUUUUUACACUGAGUCAUAGAUGUUUGCUAAUCAGCAGUUCUGUUUUCCCAGGCUUGCACUUACAGGUUCACAAUCUUAGAAACUAAGUUCUGUGGAGAAAACAAAACCAACAAUUGCUUCAGCACCUGAAGACAAAGUAUUUUAUUAUGUUACAGUAAACUAAAAUUUCUGUAGAAAAUCUGUAGAUCUGGAGUAUUGUUUUAGAAUAUUUCAUAUUCUUUUCCAAGUUGAAUUUGAUGUUGCGACAUCACUCUCUCUUUUUUUUUUUCUUCUAAGUCAUAGAUACUUUGUGAUCUUCCUAAAUAUAAGAAAACAUACCAAAGGGAUUGAAUCUCAUACUCAAUAGAAUGAUUUUCAUAGCUCUGAAGUUUCUCUCCUACAGUUAAACAUGACUCUUCUGUGAAUUAAGAUUUGUGCAAAAAUUGGCUAUUGUAUUCUGACUCAAGGAGAAUAUAUUCGCUAUAAAGCCAUGCUGUAUGACAUAGAUGAAUAUGAGAUUAGAUAAGGAUGUAAGGUUUUAAGGUUUCACUGCAGGUAAUCCUGAAUCAUAUAUGCUGCUAAACUUUUCUACUUCUGCUAGUUUGGGUUAAUAAUUUUGUAUCCAUUUUAAUGAAUCUCUCAUAUUGCACGCUAA